AUGAUGGUGGAGUUCCAUGGAGAAAUCCGAUGCCCCAACGACGAUGAAGACGAGCAAGAGGAGGAAAUUAGCUACGAUGAUCUCAAGAAACGAAUGUGGAGAGAUCGACAGAGGAUGAAGAAGAUGAAGGAGAAGCGUGAUAAUGAAGAGCCUGAAUCCGCUGCCAGAGAAGAAGCCUCUCGCCGUAAGAAAAUGGCUAGAGCUCAAGAUUCCAUUCUUAAAUACAUGGAUAAGAUCAUGGAGGCUUGUAAAGCUCAAGGGUUUGUUUAUGGCAUCGUCCCUGAAAAGGGUAAACCCGUCACCGGCUCCUCCGAGAGCCUCCGUGAGUGGUGGCGGGAUGAGGUCCGAUUCGAACAAGAUGCUCCCAUGGCUAUAGCUAAAUUCCUCCCCAAAGUAAUCGAAGAAUCAGGGCUUGAUCCCCAUUCGGUUUUGCAUUUACUCACCGAUUUACAGGACACGACAUUGGGGUCUAUUCUCUCUGCUCUGAUGCAGCACUGUAUUCCUCCGCAGAGGAAAUUCCCACUGGAGAAGGGUCUAGCACCGCCGUGGUGGCCAACGGGGAAAGAGCUUUGGUGGGGUGAACAGGGCUCCGCCGGUGGACAUGGCGUUCCGCCGUAUAAAAAGCCCCACGACCUAAAAAAGGCCUGGAAAAUCAGUGUCUUAGCGGCGGUGAUCAAACACAUGUCCCAUGAUUUGGACAACAUGAGGAAAUUAGUUCGGCAAUCGAAAAAUUUACAAGCGAAAAUGACAGCAAAAGAGACGCUUACUUGGGGUAAAGUGGUGAAUCAAGAAGAAGCCCUGUUACAAUUAACCAAAAAUAACCUGAAAAUCACCUCCGACGAAGAAGAAGAAGAAGACGGCGAAGACAGUGACGCACAGAGCAACGGUGGAAUUAUGACGAAACGAAAGUGUACAUUCGAACAAGUAACCACAUCCGAUUCGACGCUGUACCCUUGCCAAAAUCAAUGGUGCCCACAAAGCAAGGCGCUGAUGGGAUUCGUGGACAAGAACGCAAGAUCAGAGCAUGAGACGCAGUGCGUUUACAGAGCAGGUGAGGGAGCAGAAGAAUUUUCCGACGAUCAGUCAAUCGACAUACAUUUGAAGAGCGUGGUGGAGUGGAUGAACUGGGAACUGUCAAGGGCAGCGCCGGGCAGCGACGAGGUGAGGAUCGAAGACGCCAGAGACGGGUCGGGCAGCAGCACGGUGGAGGAUUACGGGAGCGGGUACUGGAAUGGCGGCGUGGGGGAAGUGGAUUUGAAUGCGAGUCCGGCGGAGGAUUUGGGUGGCCAACAAGAUGCAACUUCAAUUUGGGAUUUGAGGUAUGAAUGGGGAGCUGAAGAGUAA